CAGCCCCCAAUUGGAGACAGGAAAAUUUACAAGAAAUACUCCUCGAAAAAGAAUUGUUUUUUGUUUCUUCGUGUUUUUCUGUAAUCCAAGAAAGAAAAAAAAUGGAUUUUCUUGAUGCAAACAGAACCGCCCAUGGCGGCGGCGGGACUGGCAGUUCCGACCAACGCCGUCCAACCACCCAUGAACAGACGCCGCCGCCGGCAUCUUCGCUCCAACUGGUCCCAAUCCAAAGUCAACCCGACCCGGAUGUGUCUGGGUCCGGCAAGGCCCCAUCGGAUCGGUUUUUGGGGUCCAUUAUUUCGAGACCCGCUCCGGCUUCAACUGCCAACGACUCUGUUACGGCCAAGGCGGCGAAGAAGCCCUCCAAGGACCGCCACACGAAGGUGGACGGCCGUGGGCGGCGGAUUCGCAUGCCGGCCUUGUGCGCCGCCCGGGUGUUUCAGCUGACGAGAGAGUUGGGCCACAAAUCCGACGGGGAGACCAUAGAGUGGCUGCUGCAGCAAUCGGAGCCGGCAAUAAUUGCCGCCACCGGCACCGGAACAAUCCCGGCCAAUUUCUCGACCCUCAACGUGCCCCUCCGCAGCAGCGGCGGGACGAUUUCGGCUCCGCCGUCCAAGUCCGGUCCGCUAUUCAUCCACGGCGGAGCCACCGCGAUGUUAGGAUUCCACCACCAGCUCUCCAGCGCAGGGUACGGGCACGACCCGGAGGAGAAUUUCAUGAAGAAGAGGCUGAGAGAAGAAAACGGCGGCGCAUCCCCGCCGCCGGCCAAACAAGAAAGAACCGGACUUCAAAUCCACAACGAACCGGGUUCCGACUCAGUCCCAGGCUCAUCCCAACCCACAUCUAGCUACAUCCCGGCGCCAGCCGCCAUGUGGGCGGUCGCCCCGGCCGCCGGAAACAUCGGCAACGCAUUCUGGAUGCUCCCCGUCAGCAGCGCCGGAGCAACAUCCGCCGCCGCGGCACACCAAGAGCAGCAGCAAGCGUGGCAGUACAACAAGGGAACAGGGCUGCAGAGGAUCAGCGGGUUCGAGUUUCCAGGAUCCAGCCGGUUCAACCCGGUUCAGCUGGGUUCAAUGGUUUUGCAGCAGCAGCAGCCGGUUCAACAGCUAGGGCUUGGAAUCUCAGAGACUAACAUGGGAAUGCUGGCCUCCAUUAAUGAAUAUAAUGGAAAUAGGAUUGAUUUGGGGAUGAAUUUACAUCACCACCACCAACAUCAUCAUCAUCAUCACCAUGGCAAUCAAUCACAAACAAGUGAAAGUGGAGAUGACAAUCCUACAUCCUCUCAAUAGUCUCAAGAAUUGUUUGAAGGAAAACGGUUGACCAUUGACCUCAUUGACAUCAGCUAACAAACUAAAAAAAGUUACCUUUUUUAGUCGGUCAACUGAUGUCGUCAGGGCAAUGAUCAACGCUACACUUGUUUGAACAAACAAAUUUGUUCAUUUCAAGAUCUUUAUUUUUUAUUUUUUUGGAUGAUUAUGGUAGUGGGAUUAGGUUAAGAAUGUGGGGUUUUGUUUGAUGUAUAAGUGCCCUAUCUUUUGGGAUGGUUUGUAAGAGAUAAGAAGAUAGGGUGGGUGGUGGUUCAUGGAAGAAUCAAUCAUGUGUGUGUCUUUAGAGUCAAUGUUUUGGUUUCUCUUAUCAUCAAAAGACAAUGAAUUCCAAGUGUACAU